UUUUCACCGUGAGCGUUGACAAAACUGUCAAAAACAGGGUCUGAAAGUUUCCAUCAACUGCAAGAUAAGCUGUACAUUAAUGCCCAAGAACACCUUACAAAUAUCGUAUUUGUAUUCCUGUAUUUUCAUGAAUGAUCUAGUGUGGGAAACCAUCAAAGUCAUACCGAAAUGAUGAUAUCUGGACUUUGGAUGAUGUACCUUAUUGGUGCAAGUAUUCGUCUCUGGUUAAUGACCAAUUCAUAUGGAUCUGAUUACACAUCCAAACGAGUUGAAGUUUCAACACCACUCAAUGCUUGGAAGAGAGUUCAAGAAGGCGUGUUUCUUCACGAACAUGGUGUACCCGUGUACAGUGGGGGUGUCUUUCAUGAAACGCCUUUAUGCCUCUUCUUUGGUGGAUUUCUAAUCAGAUCAUGGGAAGCAUAUUUGGCCUUCAUUUUUGUGGCAUGUGAUCUUCUGACUGCUUAUCUUUUGGCUUUGGUUGCCACAGUGUACAGUAGACAGUUGCUAGUACAACAGAAGACACUUGUUAAUGAAUAUGCGCUAGAUGCUGCUCAUUUGCUGCUGAAGUCAAGAUCAUUAUGCUCUGGUGUUAUUUACGUUGCUGCUGCAUAUUUAUUCUGCCCAUAUACAAUAGCAUCAUGUGUAGCAAAAACAACAACAGUUUUUGGAAAUUUGGUCCUUGCAGCAGCAUUUGCCUGCAUGGUAAAAGAUCAUGCUGUGUUGUUUGGUGGCUUAAUUGCUUUGUCCACAUACCAGUCAUUUUAUCCUAUUUGCCUUAUGGUUCCUGGUGUUUUGCAUUUCACCCAAGUUCAGCAGUCAAAAUCGGCUUUAAUUAAACCUUUGCUAUCCUUCUUUUGUACUCUGGGAGUACUGAUGGUAUUGUCAGCAGAAAUAGCAGGUGGUUGGGAGUUUCUGGAAGCCACCUAUGGUUUCAUUUUAGCAGCUCCAGAUCUGACACCAAACAUUGGCCUCUUCUGGUACUUUUUCACGGAGAUGUUUGAGCACUUCCGAUUGUUUUUCCUGGCAACUUUCCAGAUCAAUGCAUUUGUGUAUGUUUUACCACUUGCCAUUCGAUUAAGGAGAGAUCCAGUGUUAUUAGCCACUGCUUUGCUGGCAUUUACAGCAGUCUUUAGAAGUUAUCCUUCUCUGGGAGAUGUUGGACUAUACCUGGCCCUCCUGCCCAUGUGGAAACACUUAUAUCCAUUUAUGCGACAAACGUUCAUUGUAGGAUGUAUGUUUGUUGCUACUUCAGUCCUGGGACCAAUUAUGUAUAAUCUUUGGAUCUUCAAUGGUUCAGCAAAUGCAAACUUCUACUUUGCAGUUACAUUGGCUUUUAAUACUGCUCAGAUUUUCCUGGUGACUGAUUUGUUAUUUGCCCAUGUAAAGCGAGAGUAUCAUCUGUUUAAUGGGUCCAAAAUGGAAGUGGACGGAGUUCCAGCUCGGCUUACUCUUCAGUAAUGAAAGUGAAGUUGGUAGCAGAAGCAGUACAAAGUAUUUAAUUUAAAGAGCCAGGUUGUUGUUCUUGUGUGGAUGGCACAGUAUUUUUAUUGUGAGUAAUGUAGAUUUCAUUUUUGAGAAAUAGAGAAUAACUGCUGAUUAAAACUCGGAAGAGUUAACCGUUUACAGCUUACCACUGCAGGACCUUUUUGUGAGUUUUGCUUCUGGGUUCUUACAGUGGUAUGCAAAGAUGUAGCAGAUGUCAGUACUGUAUUAUAAAUUUAUCACAUCUUUGAUUAAUGAAAGACUUUUCUAUUGAUUGAAAACUUCUGCAAGGAAAGAGUACGUCAGGCAUAUAAAAAAAACUUACAGUAUUUGGCUUGUAAUAUAUGUUGUUCCUGAUGAAGAAAGGAAUUACUGAGGAGGCAGACACAAUGACUAAGUGAUUUUUAACAGUCUCAAGUAAGAAUUAAUCCUCAGCUUUCAUAUCUAUCUAUAACUGCUGUUGAUUUCCUGCCAUUACUCUGUGUCUUGUAUACUGCACUAAAUCAAAAGCUUGUGGUUUUUGUUUUGGAUACUUUUUAUUAGUAAGAAACAGACUCAUAGGUUGUGGGAAAUUAUAGUUUACAUUUUUUCACAAUCCAGGUGUAAAUUUUGACUGUUUCAGUGCUUUACAUAACACAUAAAAAUUACUGCUAUUGGUUUUUAGGAGACAGCAAUAAUGGUUAAUACUGUUAACUUCACCUCAGAUCAUUUAUUUCACUCAGGAGAGUGAUUGUGAGGCAUUUAUUUUUCUAUGAUGAAGUAAGAGUAAACAGUAUAGGAAUCAUGAAAUUAUAUGCAUUUUUUAAAUAGUAAACUGCAUUCCUAUUUAUGUCUUAAUUACUAGUACCUCAUGCUCUGCAGUAGUAAUAAAUGGUAAAAGAAAAAAAUGAAACAAAAGGUUUGUCAGUUACUAAAAUGUUUCUUUUCACUGUUAGAAAUAUGGUAAUAAUUGAACAAAUAAAAUAAAAUGUAAAAAAAGUGGACCAAUAUGCACCAGCAUUUUGCAACAAAAAUUACUCUUAUUAGUUUUGAACAUAGUUGCUGUUUUGAGUGUUGCCAGUCGACCUCAAACCUACAGCUACAGCUCCAAAAAACCAUUUACAUAUAAUAUUACUUUAUGUAGCAACAGGUCAAGCCUUGACAGUUGGCCAAGCUCUGUUCAUAAAGCGAGACUGCUGGUUCAUAUUGUUACACUAAUACGUACAGUGUAUAUAAUAGGUUCGUAUUAAUACACUAAUACAUACAUUGUAUAUAAUAGGUUCAUAUUAAUACACUUAUACAUACAGUGUAUAUAAUAGGUUCAAAUUAAUACACUAAUAUAUACAGUGUAUAUAAUAGGUUCAUAUUAAUACACUAAUACGUACAGUGUAUAUAAUAGGUUCAUAUUAAUACACUAAUAUGUACAGUGUAUAUAAUAGGUUCAUAUUAAUACACUAAUAUGUAUAUAAUAUUGUUGCUAUAAAGCAGGAGAGCUUUAUAUAUUGAUGAAACAAUUCUUUAUAUAUAGCACAUAGCUUGAAAAGGACUAAAAAUGGGAAACCAAUAGUAUUGCAAAGUUGGUACAUUCCUUCAAUUACUCAAUAAAAUCGGUGCUGUCUAAUUUAAGAAAUUCUAAUUCAUGGUUUUUGAAAAUGAUAAAAUAUCACAAGUUAGUAUACGUAUAUAAUUUAACCAAACCACUGAGUUGACAUUUGUAACUCAUAUGGCUGUUUGUUCUUUAUGACUAUUAGAUGUUAUUUAAAAGUACAUGUAUUGCUGCUUUCUAGAAAUGUUAUGAUUUGAUCAGUUGAAAGCUUUAAAUAUUCUGACAGAAUUUCUUCCAAGGAUUUGUUUCUGAUACGUAAUAUAUAUUUUAGGUUUAGUGAUGGUCAGUCGAUAAUCAUAUGGCUGAUUGCCAGUGUUACUAUUAUGAAUUCUCUGCAUUCAAAUGACUGUGGGCCAGAGGAGUGUGAAAACAAGUACAUAUACAUAUGAUGAUAUCUUAAGGGUUUAAUCAUUUGAUGCUUUCAGAUCUCUCAUGUCUUAGACAUUUUUUUUAGGGAAAAUUAUACACUAUGGCUUUUUUAUCACUACUAAAACAAGUAGGCAGCCAAGGAAGCAAGGUGUAAGGUACUGAAUUAAAUGACAAGAGUAUUAACUUUCAUAUGUAAGUUUUUUUUUAUUGAAUAUACUAUAUUUUCUGUUUACUACAUUGAAGUUAUACUUCGCUAAUUGUUCAAUAGUUAUGCAGAAUUGCAGUUUCCCUUCAAACUGUCAUGUUGGACCACUGUUGAUACAGUUUUUUUCUUUUGGCAAAAAUUCAUUUUCUUCAGUUUCAAAAGGUAAAAGGAGGCAGUAUAUUGAAUCUUGGAGAAAACAAUUACGUAUGCAUAAGAACAAUUCCAUGGUCUAAUGAUGAUAACAGCACAGCACAGGUAGUAGUAUAUGUAGUAUGAAAGUAGUAGUAUGGUACUGUAAUAGCAGUUAUUAAUUACACUUUUGAGAGGACAUUGUCUAAAUAGAACUUGUUCGUAGUGUUGAAACUGCAUUGGUGAUGAAUACAUUUAGCAACAUGUUUGUAUCUUUUUUAUGCUGGUGGGCUGAAACAAGCACAGCUGUCCAAAUCAAGACUGUCCACUGUGAAAAAGGGAAAUGUGAUCUAGAAAGGUUUAAGUAGACUUUUAAUUUACUGUUGGAUUCUCACCAAGUCUAUACAGUUCAAGUUUUAGUACAAUUACUGAAAAUUGUAGUAUACCAAGUGGGGAUGGAGGAUUAUUGAUAUCUUUUGAUUUUAUUGAUAUAGUGACAGUGUUCAGAGGAAGAAUAUCUGUAUAUACUGUAUUAGACUCUGAUUAAAUACAAUAUUUUGCUUCAAAAUGGGGAUGUGAGACUUGAAAUAUUUAGAAACAUCCUCCAUUUUUUGUCACAAACUCCUUAACAGCUGUAGUCAAACUAGGAUUGAAAGACAGUGACCCAGUCUUCAGAAUUGGUAAUUUUUUUAUCGAAAAAGGUGUAUCCUUUUUGCACUUUGAAUGUUUGAUAUGGGAAAAAUGGAACAAUGUAUGAAGCAGCAUACUCAGAGCCUGCAGAUAAAAAAGUAUAAGUAAUCAUACCAAGAACCUGCAGAUAAAAAUAAUGUAGUAUUACAUAUUAAUGAAAAUUUUAUAUUCAAGUUAACUGACAUUUGAGGCCAAAAUUUAUGAAGGCUCUAUGCAUCCCUUGGGUUAACCCCAAGACAAUACUUUGUAACCAAUAUAAAAAUUCAGUACUGUACCUUUUAUGUGCAUUGAAGUAUUCUAGGCAUCCAUUCAAUUCUGGUUUGACUUGUACUACUUGUACAGUAAAUGCAACAGUUGUCAGCAUCCAAAAUAAAUACUACACUGUCCUCUUCUCCCUUGCUGACUUUUUGUGAAUGUUUGUGAUAGAAUUUUUUAUUGUAUAUAUAUUUUUGCAUUACUAGUGUGAGGAUGCUACUAGUAUGUCAGAUGUAAUUGUGAUGUAUAAUUCAUAUUAAAUUCCAGUUUCACUACUUUCAGAAUAGUGAUCUCUUGAUAAUUUCUUAAAUGUGAUGUAGUGAUUAGUGUGUUGGUAUUGAAGCUCAAGUUUUUCUUUAGGGAGGAAAAUGGAUUUCCAGCCUUUUAUUCAUUUUUUAUUUAAGUUAUUGUGAAGAGCUCCAGUAAAUACUAAUAAAUUAGACUGUGUUAGGGAUUUUCUCUUUAUAUUUGUAAGGUUAAAUUCCAAUGUGGAUGAUUCAUUACUUUUUGAUUUGUGAAUAUUUCUAUUUGUGAAUAUUUCUAAAUGUGCUGUAAAAUGUGUAGUUUAGGUUUGUAAUGAUAUCUUUAUACUCAUUUUAUUGCACAAACACUUCAGGAUUCAAGCACCAGCUGUCCAUGUAGCUUCUAGUGGGGAAUAUUAGUAGAAGAUGUACAGUAUAUCUUAUUCACUGAAAAAGUAAUCUUAAUAGUGUAGGAAACUGGAAAAUUCAGUGUAAAAUGCUUCUACUGAAUUAGGGCAUUAGGAUUGUGAUUUUUUAAAAUAAUUUCAUUGACUUACAGUUAAUAAUCCCCAAUUCCAAAGAUUUGGUUAAAGGAACUGAAAAUAUAUAACCUAAAUUAAAAAAAACUUCUUUCAUUUCCUAUG